GACCCAGCCCUCCGCCGUGCCGGGGGUGCCGGGAGCCGCAGGCCCCCGCCUCAGGGAAUGCUGCGGGUGCAUAGAAGGACUACAAGUCCCAGGGUCCUCUAGGUGCGGGGGCGGUGUGCGCUCCGAGCCCGCUGAUAGAGGGGCUCCUGGGAGCAUCGGGCUGGACGCCCGCCGGCCUCUGUGUUCCUUCGGCCUCGGGUUUCUGGAUUCCGAGCCUCCUGGAUCCACAGUUCAGCCGGCAGCUGAUUACUCUCACCUGCUUUCAUUCUCUGCACCAGAAACCUCAGGUCCAGGAGCAUCAGCAGCAGAGAUGUCUAAUGAGCCCCCCCCUCCUUAUCCUGGAGGCCCUACAGCCCCACUACUAGAGGAAAAAAGUGGGGCCCCACCUACCCCAGGCCGCAGUUCCCCAGCGGUGAUGCAGCCGCCACCAGGCAUGCCACUACCCUCUGCUGACAUUGCUCCUCCACCUUAUGAGCCACCGGGUCAUCCAGUGCCUCAGCCUGGCUUUGUGCCCCCUCACAUGAAUGCAGAUGGCACCUACAUGCCUGCAGGUUUCUACCCUCCUCCAGGCCCUCACCCACCUAUGGGCUAUUACCCACCAGGACCCUACCCACCAGGGCCCUACCCUGGCCCUGGGGGCCACACGGCCACAGUCUUGGUCCCAUCAGGGGCAGCCACCACGGUGACAGUACUACAGGGAGAGAUUUUUGAAGGUGCACCUGUGCAGACAGUGUGCCCCCACUGCCAGCAGGCAAUCACCACCAAGAUUUCCUACGAGAUUGGCCUGAUGAACUUUGUGCUGGGUUUCUUCUGCUGCUUCAUGGGGUGUGACCUGGGCUGCUGCUUGAUCCCCUGUCUCAUCAAUGACUUCAAGGAUGUGACGCACACGUGUCCCAGCUGCAAAGCCUACAUCUACACAUACAAGCGCUUGUGCUAACGGAGCUAGACUUGGACUCCCCCACCUAUUACUCUGGCCCCAUGUGCUUUGCUCCCCAUGCUCAGUGGUCACCAUCCCUCAGCCCCCCUUAGGGUUGGAAGUUUUGCCACUGUACCCUGGAAAUCCUGUCCUCACCUUGCCCUUCCCUGAGCAUCCGACUCUUCUAGCAAAAACUGCGUUGGAUUUAAGGCCAAGGGCCAGUGGGUGGCAUGGGGGUAGCACAGAUCUUGUGUGUUGCUUGGGCAUUUGCAAUCCAGAAGGUAAGCUGGAGGGUCUCUUACUGGGGUCCUCACUCCUCCUUUCUGUAUAAGGUCCACACUUGGUCCUUACUCUUCCUGGGACCAAAAGCACCCAAAGCAUCAACAGGUCCCAGACUAGGACCUACAGUGAGGGCUAUGCCUGGAACCAUAGUUGUUUCUGACCUGAAAUGAGGUCAGGGCAUCAUCCAGAGUUAAGUGGACCCAAGCAAUACAGGGUCUUAAGGCCUGGGCUUAUAUGGAGUAUGUUGUCUGGGGUGCCAAAGGUGGAAUAAGAAAGAAGUAAUGACUGCCAACUCUGGGCCUCAGAACUCUCAGGUAUGGAAACCCAGGACUUCUACCCACACUGUACAGGAGGUACCUAGGAGCUGCCUGGCGAAGAGGACACUGGGCUAGUUAAAGCCCUGGUAGCCAAGAACACUUGCCCCUGUUCUUACUUAGCUUCCUUUGAGUCAGUCAGUGUGCAGAGAUCUUCUUUCUGGCCACACCUCUGUGAACCCCUAUAUUUCCUGGGGCCAGAAAGAAUGAAUGCCCAUGAGCCUGUCUUGUCUACUUUUGUGUCUGUGCUGUGUGUGAAUACAACUUCUGCCUGGUGGCUUGCUGACAGAUGGCAGAUCAGAAGAGCCUCCUUAUAGGUUCAUUGGUCUCUGGAGUAAGUGCCAGUCUUUUUUGCCAUAGAUGGGACAACUGUGGCACUGAGCUGGGGACCAGGAAGAAGUCACAAGUGGUGGGGGUGUCCUAGGACAUGAGUCUUGCCCAGGAUGUAAACCCAAACUUGUCUAUUUCCUCAAUGGUCUGUAAAGAUGCUCACGUGGGCGCUGUGUCCUGCUGCUGUCCCUCUCCUGGUCUCACACUACCACUGCAUGGCCUCCUAUCACUGUGAACUGUGGCCUGGUUCCAGUUUGUAGUUUCAUUAAACUGGCCCUUUCACUCUCCUGCCCUGGGCCUCUGCUGUCUUGCCUGGCUUCCUUCUUUUCUGAGGGUCAGGGUGGGACUACAAGUAGUCUUACUGGCAGGCAAGAGAUUGAGCCUGGAAAAAACAGGUUUAAAAACCCAAUUACGCCAAACCAGAAUUAUAUAUAGACUUGCCCUGGGGGAACCCAGCUGUUCUGAGCCAAGGAGGUUUUGGUUUCAGCAUUGGUUUCCACUACUUACAUAAUUAGGUGUCCAGGCUGCAGAGCCUGAGAACUGGAGCCUUGUCCUAGCUUAGUGACCUCCUAACCUGAAGGUGUUGCUCUUUGGUCCUUAAACAAGACAGGACUGUUAGACUAAGACCUUGUAUUCUGAAGAUAAACACUCAGGCACCCACUCGACCAGGUUGGCCUUGGUAAAACCAACCAUCUGAACUGUGAAGGUGGUGGACUCAUGUUUCAAGAGUUUCCCUGCUGUUUUACUAUUUUUUUUUUCCACACAAGACUUUUACAGAAAUAGAUUCCUACUAAUAAAAAUAUUUAACUUCA